AUGAGCUUGGCCUCCUCUCUUGCCCUGGGCAGCGGCCUCUCCCUGCAGGAGACACAACAACGGGAGGCUCAGGCCGAGCUGUUGCUCCUCCAAUGCUGGGGGGAGGACAAGAAGGCGAUGGUUCAGGACACGGCCAACAAGCGUUCGGAGAUGGACCAAACGGAGGAGCCAGAGAGGGAGCGCGACGCGAAGUACUCCAGACCGGACUCCAAGGGUGGCUACGGCAGGGGCGGGAGAGGCAAGGGCAAUCAGCCAAAGGCCAAUGGCCCUCGCAGACAGCCCUUCCGCCGCUCGGCGGAGACAGAGGCCGGGGCGCCGGAGGGCAUGAUGUGGCUUCUGGGCAAGCUCCUUCUUCGGCACGAGGAUCAAAUGGGCAUCGACAAGACCCAAAACAGCUUUGUCAUGUUCUUCAAGCGAGAGAGUGCUCUCUCCCUGAUCCCUCUCUUCGUGCAGAAGUCUCAGCACUGGAAUGCCCUCAAGGAGCAGAAGCAGGAAAAGAUGGACGAGAUUGCUCUCCCUCUCAGAACCUUCCUGUUUCAUACCCUGUUGGAGGCUCUGGUGAAGCGCAUCAAGGAUACCGUGCAGAACGACGAGCAGCUGAAGACGGCCACCACCCUCCAGGUGUUCCUUCCACGGGACGGCGACGCGGAGCUACAGGUGCCUUUUCUAAGCUACAACCAGGAGACCAAGACUCUGGCGCCUCGGCAGGAUCUGCAGCCCCUUCCGGUCUCAACGAUGCUCGAGAAACUGCAGGUCUUACAGAAGCAGUGCCUUUGUCCCCUGGCCAUCAUGCGCUUCCACUCCACCCAACGGCUCAGCGGGCCUCUCCAGGGCCCCACCGUGCCCUUCCUGCUUCAGGUGGGUCACAGAUCGCCGGAAGCAGCCGAGCUAUAUCUGAGCCUCCGCUCGCUGGCCAAUUCAGCGAUUUGGCAGUUGGUGGGAGGGUCCCUGCGCCCGGAGAAAAUGGGUCGCUCCGCGCUGGCGACAGAACUUGCUCGCCGUCUGCAAGGGCCCUUCACUCAGAGUGAUCUGGUCCGCGGCCAUGCAUUCAGUCAUGCGGAGAAUGACUACACAGGUCUUGCGGUUUGGCCAGCUCCGUGGCGAGCGGGCCGCGACGAACCCUUCAGCAAUUUGCAGCUUCUGGGGACAGACUACGCUUUGCGGGACACCCUGGCAGGCUACCUGGGAGAGGAGUGCGAGCUGGAAAGUGCCAUGAUCAUCACGGUGGACCCUGGCGCUCCUGCACAAAAUGCGCACGUGGACACGCAGGAUGAGGGCAGCGUGUCUGUGCACAUACCAAUGCACUCGCUUCACGACGGCUUUGCGCCGCUGGGUUUCUGCAUGGGCUCGCAUAUAGAUCCAAGUGUCCUGUCCGCUCCUCCACGACUCAAGCUGCGGGGUGCUGAGCGCCGUCAGAAAGCUGAGGAGGCGCUUCAUAGGCAAACGCGUGCCACAGCAAAGGAAGAGCACUUUCUGCAGUGGGGUCCCAGCGAGGUGGCCUUGCUGCCAGCUGUCGAUUUCCGAAGAGGAGCCAUGCGCGUUCUGGUUCGCAACUUCCGCGAUGAUGCGGCCGAGGCUUUGGGCCUUCAACAAGGCGACGAGGUGACUCACGUGAACGAUCUGGACUUCGUGACGUGGCUUGAGGUCAAAGACCAUGUGCCUGAACUCAGGGACAACAUAGUGGCCAGGGUGCUCAGACCCGUCACAGAGCCCAAUGCUGCAGAAGCUCUCGAGGAGGAGCUGCCAGCUCUCUCUGCAGCUCCUGCAGAUUCCAGCCAGUCGCAAGCACCUUCAAGGCUGCGUGCUUGGUUCAACACCAAGCGCUAUGCUGAUCGAAUGCUGGUCGGAGCGCCGCUCAACAUCGGAGAUGCACUGAUCUAUGAUUCCAGGACAGUGCAUUGGGGAAUGGCGAACUGCGAAAGCUAUCCCCGCUAUGUCCUGUACUUGAACUUCAAGAGGGGCGCCUUUCGCGGCUGCUCUCCAGAUGCGAUUGCAAAACGCUCGGCUUCUGUCCGCUGCCUGCAGGAACGAGGCCGCUUUCAAGACAGGUUCAAGCGAGAACUGCACUACAUGGCAUAG